CGCCAACAGGCGUGAUAAAUCACAUGCGUGUCAGCGUGACGGUCACAUAGCUCACGCGAACUCGAAGCAUCUUCAUCACCUUGCGCGAUGGAACAAGCGCGUCAAGUGCUAGAUGUGCGCGGUCGCCACGUGCCAAACAUACUCACUUCAAUCUUGAAACAUAUGUAGGAUGUGUUCGGCUUUCCCUCGUUCCGCUUGUCGCAAGAACAGGUCGUAGAGCGGCUGGUCGUGGAAAACCAAAAUGCCUUGGUCGUGUACCCAACUGGAGGAGGGAAAUCGCUGUGCUACCAAGUUCCUGCUCUGUGUUUCGAGAAGGGCCUGACGCUGGUCAUUUCUCCACUCAUUUCUUUGAUGAAGGACCAGGUCGACUCCCUCGUGCGGCGCAACGUCAAGGCUGCAAAUCUGGAUAGCACGCUCACAAUAGAAAGGUCGGCUUUUGUCAAAUCGGAGAUCCUCGCGGGAUCGCUGAAGAUAUUAUAUGUUGCCCCUGAGAGAUUGAACAAUGAGGGAUUUAUACAAAUGAUGAACCAGCUGCCCGACAGGAUUGCGCUAGUUGCGAUUGAUGAAGCUCAUUGCAUUUCUCAGUGGGGUGCCAGUUUCCGCCCUGAGUAUCUCAAGAUUGCGCGCUUCUGCGAGGAACAGGAUGUGCAGCGUGUGCUGUGUCUCACCGCAACCGCUACGCCACAGGUCAUCGAAGAUAUCUGUAAUUCUUUCCAUAUCGAGCCCGAAGGCGUCUUCCGCACCCCAGUGUAUCGGCCCAAUCUAUCACUACUCGUCGAAGUCGCUGCUACCUUGGAGAAGAAGCUCGGCAUCCUUGUGCCACAUCUCAAGGCGCGGAAGGGGCCAGCCAUCAUCUACGUCACUUUACAAAAACACACUGAUGAUAUUGCGCUGGCUCUGCUUUCCCGGGGCUUCGAGGGUGUCCUCACUUAUCACGCAGGAAUGAGUGCGGAUGAGCGUCAGAAAGUUCAAGAACAAUUCAUGGAGGGCGAAGAUCAUAUUGUGGUGGCUACGAUCGCGUUUGGCAUGGGCAUUGAUAAGUCGAAUAUCCGGGUUGUCGCACAUCUCUUUAUGCCGAAGACUCUCGAGAACUACAGUCAAGAGAUUGGAAGAGCAGGACGAGAUGGGUUACGGUCGACCUGCAUCAUGUUCCUUUCCUCUGAAGAUAUCCCCACCCUUGAAGGCUUUUGUCGAGGAGACACAUGCAGCAAGACGUCAAUCCAAUCAUGGUUGCGGGAAGUGGCACUGAAGUCUCCGGAUGCUGAUGGUACUCUGUCCUUCAAUUUGUACGAUCAAUCGAGGACAUAUGACAUUCGUUCCACUGUGCUCAAUCUAUCAUAUGCGCAACUGGAGUUGGAGUACAAUUGCAUUCGAGCCAUCACGCCUUUCUAUUCUGUCUACGAGGUGACCCCACUUGGAGACCGUCAACGCAUUUUGAAGGAUGCAUCGAGAGAAGCAAAGACAAUCCGGAAGUACUGGAGAGAGAAGUCGACGAAAUUCGAAAUCAAUGUUGUUGACACAGCACAGCAAGCGCAUGUUGACCGUAAUGAGUUGGCGCGAAAGAUCAACGCGUGGGAACUCGAAGGACUGGUUCAAACCAAGGCAUCUCAAGUGAGAGCGCGCUAUUCCGUGUUGGCCAGCCCACUUCCAACAUCUGAUGCAGGCAUUGAAAACAUCGCAGACAAGAUGUUUCACGGCAUGCAAACCCGCGAAGAAGAAGGCAUAGCGAAGAUACGUCAAGUCCUGAAGCUCGCUACCGAUGACGAAUGCUUGCCACGAAGCUUGUGUCGGUAUUUCGGAGGCGAAGACAACAUCCCCGAGGACGGUUGCGGCCAUUGUUCAUUUUGUCUUCAAGGUCAAGCCGUUGUUUUCACACUCUGCCCACCGGCCGCGAUCAAUCCGGCUCAAAUCAACGCUAUUUUGAGCGCUUGCCACGAGCGAAGCGACCCUCGACUGCUUGCUCGGAUGGCUUUCGGAAUAACGUCUCCGAAAUUGACUGUAAUGAAAUGUUCGACAAGUCAUCCCCUCUUUGGCAGCAUGGUCAACUCGGAUUUCAAUGCGCUGGUCCAAGCCUUUGACCUCGAAUGCGCCAAAGUGGAAUACAUUUCGCCUGCUGCCUCGAGUUCCAAGCGUACAUACUCCCAAACAAGUCGUGGUCGAGCCACUACCAAUAAACGAGGCCGCCGAUCCUAGCAACUUGAUUGCAUUUGCUGAUCAUAGCAUAAUCCACCCUGUACUUACUUGCUAUGGUAGUCGUCGUACUCAGACCCGCGCUGUGUGGCGGUGCCAACGUGGCACGUGCUCGCGUU